AUGGCUAAAUACAUUGAUCUCCCCGUAGAUUGGGCUACACACAACGAGGUCGACGUCUCGGCAUUAGAGCAGUGCAUCCACAGAAAAGAUGAAGCACCCGAAGAAUGCACCUGUGAAAUGUGCAACAGCGAGGAAAACCAUCUUAACGGAUUGCAAUGUCCCGAAAAUCGUGUUCGCACAGAUAUUUCUGCUAGACAGGCGAAAGGAUGGCUUGAUAUGUCAGUUCCUCAUCCUGGAUCAGUAAUAAAUAAGGAAUUGCACACCAAAUUCAACAAAAUCCUAAGCCUCACCAUAAACUACACUGGUGAUGAACAAACCGAUAUGUCCAUGGUCCUCCGCCAGCUUCCAAACUACUCCUUAUGGACCGGGAUUCUCGAACUGAUCAUUCGCCCCGGUCUUUCCCGUAAAGAAGCUCCAAGAUCCUACGUCAAACACGUUGAAGAGAUGAAAGCAUUGAACGUUCUCGUUAAUGAAGGAGUCGGUUUUAUGUGA